UCAGCACAUCUCCAGCGCAUAGAUGCAGCAAAAAGCGGAUCUCGCGUUCGAAUUUGCACGCACUGCAGCAUAAAUAUUUAAAAAGCACUGAGAACAUGCAGUUGCACAAACGAAGAGCCAGGCAGAAAAAAUAUGGCCAGUGAAUUAUGUCAUAAAUGUGAAAGUGUUCCCAGUUGCACUGCAGCGGCAGCCACAGCAACAACAACAAAAAGAGCAACAAAACUGCACGCAUGUGAAAAAAGGAGUGCGAGUGUGUAGAAAAAAUCAAUUGGAAAAGAAAAUUGCAUUUUCGCUGCCGCGGUCAAAACGAAAAUAGUGAAAGAAAAAAUAUAUAUAUUUAUAUAUAAAAAGUGCGUUCGGGGAGUGUGCGAGUGUGUGUGUAAGGAGAGGAGGAAGAAGCAGCACCAGCAGAAAUAGCAAAAGGAGACAACAACAACAAGCGAGAGAAAACUGUCGGCAACAACGACAACAACAUCAGCAGCCCCCUAAUAAAGAGCAAGGAAAAAAAAUGAGUUCAAGUUGUGAAAGCAGAAUAGAAUGGGUAGAAAUCAUCGAGCCUCGCACCAAGGAGCACAUGUACGCCAAUCUCACCACGGGCGAAUGUGUUUGGGAUCCACCAGAAGAUGUGCCAAUUAAGCGGACCGACUCAUCGCAAUGGUGGGAACUGUUCGAUACGAAUACCCAGCGGUUCUACUACUACAAUGCGGCCACGCAGAAGACCGUGUGGCAUCGGCCGAGCAAGUGCGACAUCAUUCCGCUGGCCAAGCUGCAGACGCUCAAGCAGAACACCGAUCCUAGCGAGCGUCGCGAGCAGACCACGCCCCAAAAGCAGCAACAGCAGUUGCAGCAGCAGCAGGUGCAACAUCCCUCGCAGCAGCAACAGCAGCAGCAGCAGCAACCCUCUCCGAUGUCGGGUCCAAAUAAAAAGGGACGCGGUCAGCAGCGGAUGAGCGGAGGCAAUGGAACGGUGGCCAGUUCCGAGGAGAAGCUAACCAGCAGCGAAGUGAUCUCUAGUCCGCGUGGCCGUCAAAGUUUUCGCGUUGGCACCGGCGACUCAUCCCGUUCGAUGGAAAUGCAGCAGCAGCAGCCGCAGCAUCCGCAGGGCUAUGCCUCCAGGCGCUCGCAAGACUCCUGCAAUCAGUACAAGGAGUCGGGCAAGUCGAGCGACUCGAGUCUGUCCAGUGCGCAUGGCUACAGGCGCUUCAAUGACAGCGGCGUUCCGGGCUCCGGACAUCCGGACAGCCUGCGUCUGGGUUCCCUGCAGAAGCAUCAGCGUGGCGGCGGCAAGGAUAAUGGAGCCUUUGAGAUGCUGCAAGAGAGCACCAGCUCGCACAACUUACCGCAUGGCAGCACCUCCACAUCCUCAUCUUACGCCGGUGGCAGUGGCUACGGGGACAAGUACUUCGAUCACCAGCUGCUGCCCAACCACCUGCAGGGCUACUCCUCCAAGUCGCCGGACAUCGCCUCGCCCACGCACUCCAUUCACACGCCCCAGUCGCAGAAGAAGAAGAUGUCGCCGGACGCAGCGCCCGCUGGCCAAUACAACUACGCACAACAGCAGCAUCAGCAGAGGAACGCACAACGCAGUGGCGAACGAGGGGGCGGUGGUGGUGGAGUCCCCGGGGGAAAGUCCUACGGAGGAGAUCGCGAGUACAAGGUAUCGCUGGCUCGCUCCGGAAGCUUCAUGUCCUCGUCUAUCAAUCCCGCCGCUGCCGGUCACCACAGCAAAUCCUACCGCAAGAGCAGCGCGGAGGCGGCGAACGGAGGAGCCGCCAGCGACGACUCCAUGCACGAGAAGUACUUCAAGUCGGUGGAGAACACGCCGCUUUCGCGUCGCCGCCACACCACCAAUGCCACCAAGAGCGGAGGAGGACCGGGUGGCGGCGGAGCAAGUGGCAGCAACACGGCCACCAGCACGGCGGGCAGUGGCAGCAGCAGCCACAAGAAGCACUCGAGCGACUCCAGUCCGCAAAGUCCGAUCAGUCCGCAGACGAAGAGCUCGCGCCAGGCGAAGACCAGUGCCACCAGUGCUCUUCCCCAGCUGCAGCAUUCGCCACGCCUGCAGGAGCCCAGUCACAGCCUGGACCUACUGAGUCUGGAGAGGAUUUCGCUGGGCAAAUCGGGACCCAUCUCGCCUGGAGGCGGCACCGAAAAUAUGGGUCUGCUAACGCACUCGUCGCGCGGCUCCAACGACUCCGCCCGCCAGCGCCAGAAGUCGAACAACUCCACGGCGAAUCGAUCCCAGUCGCAUCAUUAUCCCGGGCAGAGUUCCCUGCGGCACAGUGCCAGUUCCAGCCUGGACAAAAGGGGAUACCAUGUGGGAGGAGGAGGAGGUAUGAGCGGAGAAAAACGGCGCUCCAAGCAGCAUCAAUAUCACCAGCAGGCGGACAACAGCGACGUGGAGUACGACAAUGGGAACACCUCGCCGGUGUACACCAACUGGGAGCAGGAGAUGCCCCAUCUGCUGCCCCUCAAGCACUACAUCAUCGAGCAGGCCAAGUUGUCGGGUCGCUACGAGUAUCGCGGUGGCGAUGGAGGAGAUUCCGACUCGUAUCACUCGGACAGCCAGUCGGAACACUCGCUUUCGGGUCACGAGCCGGAUAACGAGGACUCGGACGGUGGAUCGGACUCGCAUGGCGGCUAUCUGGAGCACAACUACGGCAUGAUCGACGACUACGCCAACAUGGGCGACAGUGUCUCCUACUAUGCGUACAUGUAUCCGCCGCACGAUCCCGCCGGAAGGGAGGAUAUUUCCGACAACGUAGAGGCCGUGCUGGAGGGGAUUGGCGGCACUGUGGCAGAACCUCCGUUUCCAACGGCCACCGUCCCCAAGCCAAAGCCCCGUUACCAGAUCUCAUACUACGACACCGUAUCGCACAGUCCCUCGGCCGGAAGCGGUUAUCACGGUCAGCAGCUUUACUCCAACACGCCACCCUAUACGGCGGGUCAUGGCCAUGGACACCACGUGCCGCCGCCGGCGCUACCACAUCAGCAGCAGCUGCACCUGGAACCCAGUGACAACAAGCAGAAGCAAUCGCAGACGCUGCCCUCGCCGAACCGGCAGAUCUCGCGCCUUGCUGGCGCCGGCCACCAAGGAACGGGUACAGCGACAUCAGCCAAAGAGGAGACCGGCCAUGGACACAGUCUCGUUGCCGGGCAACAGCAGGCCACCGUGGGCAGUGCAACGCCAGCAAGCCUCUCCCGACCGGGUCACAAGAUGGCUCCGCCCUCGCUGAAGCCCACCAUCCAGCAGAUCUUUCCGCCCAGCGAACGGGCGCCGGGAUCGGGCGGCAUGGGACUGGGCGGGACCACGCUGGCCUGCAUGAAGGAAUGUGAUAUCGAGAAGUUCGCCGCCGACAAUCUGAAUCUGCACUCCAAGGGGAUCUUCCGGAAGAAGGCGUCUGUGCGCGACAUGCUCAGCUGGACGGCGGAGGCGAUCAAGAGGCCCAUGCUGGCGCUUUCCCGCGACAAGGCGGACAAGAAGACGGCCAUCGAGCUGUUCAAGCUGGUCCAGAUCUACAUGGCUGAUCGCAAGGCGCGCAGCGGCAUGACUCUGAAUUCGGUGGCCAUAGAAAUCAUCAGUAUAUCCUUGCCACAGCAGCAAUUAAGGGAUGAGCUGUACGUUCAGUUGUGUCGGCAAACCACGGAGAAUCCCAAGCGGGAAUCACUCAUCAGAGGCUGGGAACUGAUGGCCAUCUGUCUGUCCUAUGUGCCGCCAUCGCCCACGUUUCAACCAACGCUGCUCAAUUACGUCAAUCGGCAUCGCGAUCUCUCGUUUGCCACCAGUUUUAUGGAGGUGAGCAAGUGGCCCAUCCAUGUGCAGGUUUCGCAUUAUGCCACAGUGUGCUGUCGCCGCUUGGAUCGCAUAGGCAGCUGUGGGCGACGUUUGGCUAAGAAGCCCACUGCGGAUGAAGUGGAACAAGCGCGGCAACAAAUCCUGAGGAACAGCAUGUUCGGUAACACGCUUUCCGAAGUGAUGGAGCUCCAAAAGGAUAAAUUUCCAUUCCGCAAGCUGCCCUGGAUACAGACCACUCUUUCAGAGCACGUGCUGCUACUCAAUGGAAAGCAGACUGAGGGAAUCUUUCGCGUUUCCGCGGAUGUGGAUGAAGUCAGCUGCAUGAAGAAUCGCCUGGAUCGGUGGGAUGUUCCUGAUAUUAACAACCCGCUGGUUGAUGCACAUGCGCCAGCCAGUCUGCUUAAGCUGUGGUACCGAGAACUGUACGAUCCGCUCAUACCGGACGCAUACUACGAGGAUUGCGUGAACACCGAGGAUCCCGACAAAGCCAAAGAAAUAGUUAAUAAGUUGCCCGAAAUAAAUCAGCUGGUUCUAACGUAUUUAAUACAUUUCCUGCAACAAUUCUCCGUAUCGGAAGUGGUGACCUGCACCAAGAUGGACUCCUCGAAUCUGGCCAUGGUGUUCGCGCCCAACUGCCUGCGCUGCACGUCCGAGGACCCCAAGGUGAUUUUGGAGAACGCGCGCAAGGAGAUGUCCUUCAUGCGCACUCUCAUCCAGCACAUGGACACGUCGCACGUGGCCAAUCUGGUCUAAUGGAUUGUUGGCCAGCCGCAAUUAGCAACUACCUACCUACCAACCUACCAAUAUGUAAACGUUAUUAACCUAUCCUAACUUACUACCUAACAAAUCUAACUUAAACUCAAUUUGUAUUUAUACAAACGAUGAUGAUGAUGGAGAGCGAUGAAUCUUAACUCCUACUUUAACUUUAACUUUAACUCGUUUUGCUACUCGAAUUUCUUACUAAUUGCUACCAAAACCAAAAGUCUAUGGAUUUAGUUUUAUUUCGUAAUGUCUAGGAAGCUUGUUAAGAACAAUGGCAACAACCACAAAUACUCGAAGAUCUUGUAACUCGUAGUGCUUUUUCAAACCAAACCAAAAAUAACUGAAAGAUGAAUCCAAAACCGAAAACUCAAUGUGUGCAUGCCUAGUUAUGUCUCAAAUUGUAGUUGAAUUAAUUUAUUUUGCAUUUUACCUGUUGUUUUUCUUUAAAUGGAAUUUAAAUCAAAGCAAGCAAGCAAAUACUCAAAGAAACUCUUAACUCUCACACAAUGCGAAGCAAAGCAGACCUUGAACAACUUCUUGCGAAGCCUAUAAAUAGUUAUAAAAUAAAGCUAACGAUAAAUUAAAUUAAACUCUAUAUAUAUUAUGAUGUACACUGUAUGAAAAAAGGAUGAUCAAUAAGGAGGAGAACCAAGAGAGAGAAAAAGUGAAUCAAAUGCAAUAAGAGGUCAAUGAUAAAACUGCUUAUAAAUUACUUGCAGCCAACGUAGUGCUAUAUACAAAAUAUUUAUUCAUUUGCGUAAAUAAAAAAUGAAAUUAAAGAAUAAUAAACCAAUGUUCGAUCCAAGGCAAUUUUACGGAGAACAAGUCAACUGAAAAUAUACAAUUAUGUAUUGAAAUUUGCGAUUUCGAAGGUGUUCGAAUAAAGUUAUGAAUGUAAAACUGAA